GAACUUACUGCUGAAGGUGAGCAUUCUUGGAGUACUGUGUUACCAUUGGCUGGGGYAAAUUGCAGCUGAACCACAGCAACAUGGUCUGCAGUGCUGGGAGAGUUUUGUUGGUCAGGAGCUGUAUCGUUUCCUGCUCGUGGAUUUCAUAUUCACGGUUCUCUACACAGUCUUCGGAGAAUUUAUUUGGAAGCUGUUUUCUCAAGGAGUGCUGAGGAGAAGGAGGAAGCCCGUGUUUGAUAUCGCCCGUAACGUACUCGAGCUCAUCUAUGGGCAAACCCUCACCUGGCUAGGCGUGCUCUUCACUCCUUUACUCCCAGCUGUGCAGAUCCUCAAGCUGUUGUUGCUGUUCCAUAUGAAAAAGAGCAGUCUACUGGUGAACUGCCAGGCAUCCAGGAAGCCGUGGAGAGCCAGUCAGAUGAGCACCCUCUUCAUCUCUCUGCUGUGUUUCCCCUCCUUCCUCGGGGCCACCGUUUCUUUGACCUACACUAUAUGGACGAUUAAGCCCUCCUCUGGCUGUGGUCCUUUCAGGAACCUCCCCUUCAUGUUCCACUCAGGCAAACAGUGGGCCCAGGAGCUGAAGAGUACCAACCCCAAGCUGGCCUGGCUCAACUGGGUACACAGCUGCUUGGUGGAGAACCCCCUCUUCCUGUUCCUGAUGGCAGGUGUCUUUCUAAUGGUCAUUUACGUUCAGACCCAYAUUUUAGACGGCCAAAGGAAAAUAAUCAGUCUGCUACAGGAGCAAAUAGAAAAUGAGGGGAAGGACAAGAAGUUCUUAAUUACUAGACUGCAGGCCAUCCAUGAGAAGAGGCAGUAUCCACUGUCCCCUUCCUCCAGGCCUCAGCCACAGGGCAGUGAGGUUUAAUAUGUUUUAAUGGAAGAUUCAAUUAUUCCGGAGUAAUUCGGAUGCUGCAUGUUGAAUUUUGGACUCCCAUCACAUCAAGAUAUUUGGCUGCUAUCAACGAGUCAAAGUGAACUCAAAGUGGAGUGAUGUGUGUGGUGAAGGACAUUGAGCCAUUUCUUGUAGAAUGUAACUAAGACUGAUAUGUGUUCAAGACUAUCGGAAUGUAAAGUAACUGAGACUGAUAUGUAUUCAAGACCAUCGUAGGUGGUGUUUGUAAUAGUAUGGUAUUUCCAAUGUGGGCCAUAAAUGGCUAAUUGCCUUUUCUGAAAAAUAUAUUAAAAUACAUAAAUAUAUUUUA